CAAACAGAAGAUCCAACAUAUGUGCGGUCAGCUAUGUGGAAAUUCUCAUCUUUGUGAGUCACCAACAGUUGGCAUUUAAUAUUGCCAUCAUUUGUAAUAGUCGAUCUUAUCGAAGUUCAAGCUUGUUUUCUCUGCUUUGUCACAUUUUGAUUUCAAAAAAAAAGAAAAAAAGAAAAAAAAACGACCACAUCACUCCUCUCAACUAAAACGCUACAAAACCAAACCCUUAUCACUCAAACCACCAUUGAACACAAGCAAUAGUGAUCUCAUAUGGCUUGGACAUGGACAACCCUACUCACAUUCUUUGCACUUGCUUACUAUCUCCUCCAAACCUACCUCAAAAGCAACAAACAAAAAAAAUUGCCACCAGGUCCCAAACCACUCCCAAUUCUGGGUCACCUUCACUUGCUGGGCAAGUCACCCCACCUAGACCUACACCAACUGGCUAAGAAACAUGGCCCAAUCAUGUACAUGAGAUUCGGGUUCGUCCCAAACAUCGUCGUGUCAUCGCCUGAGGCGGCGGAGCAGUUUUUGAAGACUCAUGACCUUGUUUUUGCUAGUAGGCCACCCCAUGAGGCUUCCAAGUACAUAUCUUAUGAGCAAAGGAACAUGUCCUUUGCACCAUAUGGUCCCUUUUGGCGAAAUAUGCGGAAAUUGUGUACCUUAGAGUUGCUUAGUAACCUUAAAAUCGCUUCUUUUCAGUCGAUGAGGAAGGAGGAGCUCAGUCUUUUGGUUAAGUUCAUUGAGCAAGCGGCUCAGAAUCGUGUACCAGUUGAUCUUAGUGCGAAGGUUUCAUCGAUGAAUGCGGAUGUGAGUUGUCGGAUGGUGUUUGGGAAGAAGUACGAGGAUGAGGAGUUUGAUGAGAGGGGUUUCAAAGCGGUGAUUCAAGAGGGAAUGCAGUUGUCGGCGAAGCCUAACAUCGGGGAUUACUUCCCGUAUGUGGGGGCACUUGACCUACAGGGACUAAAUCGGAAAAUGAAGGCUCUUAGCAAGGUCUUUGAUGAAUUCUUUGAAAAGAUCAUUGAUGAACAUGUCCUCAAAAAACAAUCCAGCUCCAAGGACAGAGGACAACAAACCAAGGAUUUUGUUGAUAUCAUGUUGGCAUACAUGGACUCUCAACAAGCUGAGUUCCAGAUCGACCGUAACCAUGUCAAAGCUGUUAUGCUGGACAUGCUUGCAGCUUCAAUGGACACUUCAUCAACAGCAAUUGAGUGGGUACUCUCUGAACUCCUAAAGCAUCCCCAGGUCAUGAAAAAAGUCCAAAAUGAACUUGAAAAAGUUGUGGGCUUGGACAGAAUGGUUGAGGAAUCAGACUUGGAUCACCUUGACUACCUAAACAUGGUUGUGAAGGAGGCCUUCCGGCUCCACCCGGUGGCGCCGCUACUCCUCCCCCACGAAUCCACCGAGGACUGCACCGUCAACGGCUACCACAUACCCCGAAAGGCACGUGUCACCAUCAAUGUGUGGGCAAUUGGGAGAGACCCAAAUGCGUGGACCGAACCCGAGAAAUUUCUACCGGAGAGGUUUGAAGGGAGUAGUAUUGAUCUCCGGGGAAGGGAUUUCCAGCUUCUGCCAUUUGGGGCGGGGCGGAGAGGUUGCCCUGGGCUGCAGAUGGGGCUGGUGGUGGUUCGGUUGGUAGUGGCGCAGUUGGUGCAUUGCUUUGAUUGGGAGCUUCCAGACAAUAUGUCGCCGGAGGACUUGGACAUGACUGAGGUGUUCGGCCUCGUUACCGCCCGGGCUAAGCAUCUCUUGGCUAUUCCAACUUAUCGGCUUCAGAAAUGAUCAAGUGCGUGUAGAUGUUGGAUAUUACGAUCCAAUUAAUGAGUAGUUUUUAAUGCGACGAAUAAAGACCACCUGGUGAGUUAAAUGAAAGAUGAGAUCAGUCUCAAUCUAUUCAUUAGAGAUUUCGUACUAGUGUGAUCUGAUAUCAUGUUAUAUUUAAUAAACACACAGACACUCACGAUAUAUUUGGGUGAGGAAUUUAAAAAUAAAUUUGAAAAGAAAAAGAAAAAUGUGUAUGAAAUUUAAAGAAAUAUAGAUAUAUUUUAUUUUUUUCUUUUUCUUUU